CCCCGGGGCUGGCGGGGCUCGGGGGCGCCGGGGAAGCGCAUCGCCGCGGGCAGCGGGGCCGGGCUCCGCCGGGACCCGCUGCUCGGCUCACGCCCCGCUGCCCCGCAGAUCAUCCUGCAGUCCAUGCACAAGUACAAGCCCCGCGUGCACGUGAUCGUGCAGGACGCCCGCUUCGACCUGGCGCAGAUCCAGUCCCUGCCGGCGGAAGGCGUGAAAACCUUCUCGUUCAAGGAAACCGAGUUCACCACGGUCACGGCCUAUCAGAACCAGCAGAUUACAAAACUGAAAAUAGACAGGAAUCCCUUUGCUAAAGGAUUCAGAGACCCUGGAAGAAACAGGGGUGUGUUGGAUGGACUUUUGGAAACAUAUCCAUGGAGACCACCGCUUACUCUGGAUUUUAAGACUUUUGGUGCAGAAAGCCAGGGUGGGAGCUCCGGUUCUUCCCCUGUCACCUCCAGCGGUGGGACACCAUCACCUCUGAACUCCUUGCUUUCUCCAUCUUGCUCACCUCCCACAUUUCACCUGUCUGCAAGCAACAUUGGAAUGUCGUGCCCUGAAACCUACCUACACAAUCUCAACUUGCCUCUUUACUACAAGAUUUGUCCUUCAAGUCUUUUGAGACAACAGUCACUUCUAUUUCCAAGCCAGGAAAAACUGGGAGGCACCAAUCCACACAUCAUACCCCACUUCAUGGUGGAUAUGCCCAUGUUAUCUUCCCUUGGCAUAACAAAUCUGAAAAAUGGUAAAUCUGAAGACUUGAGUGGGCAAUGUCUACAAGUACCCAAUUCUGCCAGUCAAAUGUUGUAUGGAUUACAUGCACCUGGAAACAUUUUCCCAUCAAGUCCCAUUGCCCGGGAAGCACUUAAUUGUUCUUUACAUCCGCCAUAUGGCUUGUAUGGUUAUAACUUUUCUGUGCCAUCUAGACUGAUGAAUACGGCCAGCCAUUUCAAAGUGAAUGAUAGCAUUCCAACCUCUUUUAGAGAUGGCAGAUGUAAUCACUCCAACUGGCACUCAACAAUUAACCAUUGCCUUUAAUGGGACUAUAUAAUCAUUUCUUACACAAAGACCUGGUAGCACAUCUUUUCUUCAUUCAUACUCAAAGGUUUGCUGAUUAUUGAAUAUAAAGCGCUUCACAAUUCAGGAGUGACCUGUCUAGAGAUCAAACUUUUCAUACACAAAUGUGUCAUAAUGUUCUGAAUGUGGAUGACAAUGAGAUAAUGUUCUGAAUGUGGAUGACAAUGAGAUAACCAGCAACAGUGACAACUUUCCAUGAGAAUAAUUUAUGUAAUGUAGGAUAGGAACAAACUGUACAUUCAUUUUCUUAAUAUUUGCACUCUAAAGUAGGACUGAAUAAAUAUAUAGUUU